UCGUUGAUUCAUUCAAAAUUCACUCAAGAGACGAGACGAGGUGAAAACAAUGGAGAAUCCCUUCGCCACUGGCAUCACGUUUAGCCAAGAAGCGGAGAAUUUGGAUCGUUUUAUGUUCGGAUGGUUCGACUACACGCUCUUCAGUCUGCUGCUGCUCGUCAGCGUUCUUAUCGGCGUGUACUUUGGCUUCUUCAGCAAGCAAGACAGUACAACGGAAUAUUUUCUGGGUGGUAAACGGAUGGGAUGCUUUCCUGUCGCAAUGAGCAUCAUCGCUAGCCACAUCUCGGGUAUCAGCUUACUGGGCAUCCCCACGGAAGUUUUUCAUCACGGAACUCAGUAUGCCGCGUGCGUCUUCACUGCAAUUUUCACUGCUGUGAUCACCUCUUAUAUUUUCCUGCCAGUGUUCUACAAGUUGCAACUAAACAGUACCUUUGAAUAUCUGGAAGUACGGUUCACCAGGCCAGUCAGAAUUCUUUCUUCAGUGCUGUUCACUAUCUCGCUCUUCACGUAUUUGCCCAUUGUCGUCUACGUACCUGCCCUCGCCUUCGCCCAAGUCAGCAAUUUGAGCGUUCACGCAAUAACGCCGAUACUCUGUAUCGUGUGCAUUAUUUAUACGAGCAUUGGCGGUCUAAAGGCAGUGGUAUGGUCAGACACAAUACAAUUUUCCGUAACCGUCGGAGGACUCUUUUCGGUUCUUGUACUGGGGAUAAUAUCUGUUGGUAGCGUUGGGGAAGUGUGGAGGAUUUCCGGCCAAGGCGGUCGUCUCAUUUUCUUUGACAUGGAUCCGAGUCCGUUCGCGAGGAAUACUUUUUGGGGUAUGACUAUAGGUAUGACGACAAUAUGGAUCGGACAUCUCGGCAUUCAUCCAGGUACGGUGCAGCGAUUCCUGUCAGUGCCCAGAGAGAUUGACGCUAAACACGGACUGGCGAUUACGGCGGUAGGAAUGAUAAUUGUCAAACUGAUCUGCGUAUUCACUGGAUUAAUCAUGUUUGCGAAAUAUCAUGAUUGCGAUCCUUUCCUGACCAAAUCGAUAAGUCGCACCGACCAGACUCUACCGUUCUACGUAAUGGACGUUGCUGGGCAUCUGCCAGGACUUCCGGGAUUAUUCCUAGCUGGUCUAGUGAGCGCUGCACUCGCGACUAUGAGCGCCAGUUUGAACACCGUAUCCGGUACCAUUUAUGAAGAUUUUAUAAAACCGUGGAUUCCGGAUAGCCCCAAGAAGGAAGUUACAGCCGCCAACAUUAUGAAGGGCAUCGUUGGGAUAGCCGGAGCGAUUUCAGUUGGUCUGGUGUUUCUGGUCGAACGGCUAGGACCAGUCUUCCAAAUAGCUGUAAGUACGCGUGGCAUCACCGACGGACCCUCGUUGGGCCUGUUCGUAUUAGGAAUGCUAGUACCCUGGGCAAACGCGAAAGGUGCGUUACUCGGCGGUUGCGUUGGUCUCAUCAGCAUGCUUUGGCUGGUAGGAGGCACUCAAUGGUACACCAUGCAUGACAAAAUUAAAUAUGAUUCGUUACCCACGUCGGUGGCUGGUUGCCCGUAUCCAUUAAAUCAGACUUUUUCAACCACGAUAAGGCCUACUUGGAUGAACUCUGACGAGGAACCUAUGAUACUCUUUCAAAUAUCCUUCAUAUAUUAUAUCUUGAUAGGAGCGGGAAUCGUUGUCAUCGUCGGCACUAUCGCGAGUUAUUUCUUCGGCAUAGAUCUCGAGGGCGUAGAUCCCGAUCAUAUUACACCGGUAAUGAAAAGGUUUCUUCCUUCUCGAAAAUAUGCCGAAGUCUCAUUAAGAGAAAUACCACCAUCGCUCGACAUUACGCUGGAAAAAACCUGCAAGUGAUCCCGAUCGCAGUUUUGAUUAUUUAUGUCAGUGAUAGAUGCAAGCUAGUACGCUCCGAGAAAUUUUCCGUAAGUGAAUGAUAUCUUGAUUCUAGAUUCUAGAAGAAUCUCCAUAUCAGUCAUACAUGUAUAUCACCAACGAUAUUUCCAACGAACUUCCAAGUCAUCUGACAGGUCACGACAACAGACGAAGCAAAGGGGUGCGUGCAGUAAGUCUCUUAUUGAUUAAUAGACGCAUGCGCCAACUAUCCUACCACACAUGGCACACAUGCUAGAUCGCGGUUGUUUUCGAUUUCUCAUUGUCUGCAGUAUUGUUCCCAACUCCCAACGUCUGUUGUGCGAGGUAUCGGUUUUUCUCUUAGUGACUUCUCUUAUAUAAAAUAUUUUUAACCAGCAAAAGGACAUCAAGAAAAACUGCGAGACACGUGAUGAUCGUAUUCUGGGACGGAGUAAUUAUCGUCAUUAUUAAAUUCCGCUCAACAUUGGAAAAGAACGUAGAAUUUUAGCUGCGUGAUUGCUAUUUUUAUAAUAAAAUAAAAUUUGUCAAUGUUGUUAGGCCCAUGAUCUCUAAGUUGACAAAUGAAAGAUAUUGAGAAGAGCAAUAUAUGUAAAUGUAAUACUUGAUUAUAAACGUACGCUAGGCGCAAUCCAGUGCGAUCGAAAUCUGCAUCUCCGUGGACGUUGAAGAUCAAGUUACGUCCCUGUGUUGAUCGGGGUUGCUCGCUCGGGGAUGACGGGGAUGGGGACAUUGAGGCCGCGUGUCGUAUCCUUCGUGUAGAUAUAGGAUGGCCGCGCCUUCAUUACACGUGGAGCGAGCAUUGUUGCGACUCGCGACGAAUACCGAGUCUAUUUCAAUCCGAUCACACAACGUUCAACAAGUACGAGUAUAUAUCUAAUACAUCUCGUUGUAUUCCAACCAGUGCAGAUUUAAUUUUCAUGACUCAUCACGGUCGUUACAAACAAAUAACAUUUCCUCGUGUAACAUCAUCGCGAGCAGUAUCUACCUUCGAACGAUGGACCAGAUGUACCAGAUGGAUCAGAUGGACCACCAUCAACACCAUCAGGAGCGUGAUCGACAUACGCGAUUGAUUACUACAUGAAAGAUUACUACGUGACAAAUUAAAAAGUGCUACAACAAGAAAGUUUCAUCGUAUCCAGAAGAUCCAAUAUUUCUUUGCACCAGAGCAAGAGAUUUAUGACAGACACCGCGCGAUAGACCAUUAUGUGGAUUCUAAUUAACUACUAAAUAUCUGUCUAAAUAUUCUAAAUAAGGAGCGAUCACAAACGGUUGUCGUAUCAAAGGAUAACUCUUAUUCUUUUCGUACAUUUUGGCCCAUUGCACAAUGUUUGGCACUCAAAACUGACUAAUCUAAAACUAAAUAAUCACAAUUCACUGUGAAUUUUUACAUACUAGAUCACGUACGAUCAUCUACAGAGUCUUACAUUUAUACAAUACAAAUGCAUUAAACGUUUCACAUAAUUUCACUGACAUUUGAAGAUUAUGAAGUCAUAGUGCAAAUGUGACACUACAAUUAAUAUGGUUAAUUGUUAGGGGGUUAAUUCAAGGGAAGUCGAUGGAGCACAAGAGUUUGGAUAGAUUUGGCCGAUUGAAGGUAAAUCUACUUGGAAGAAUUUUGAGAAAUCUCGAUUGUUGCUUGAUUGACUAAUCGUUAAGCAGCAGCAAAACGGGUGGCAUGCCGAAGCACAGCCGCGCCUCGCUUUUAAUAAUAGAUAAAAAUCGUAGGCAUUCGUGCCGAAAAAAGAAUAGAAACCGAGAAUAUCCCCACAGAGAAAAGAGA